AGAAGUCUGCGGCAGGCUGGGAGGGGGAAGAGCCGUCGCUCGCUAGCACAGACAGUGCUGCCGUGACACUCGGCCCUCCAGUGUUGCGGAGACGCAAGAGCAGCGCGCAGCACCUGUCCGCCUGGAGCCAGCCCGGCCCGCGGCGUAGAAAAGGAGGGACCGCCGAGGUGCGCGUCAGUGCUGCUCAGCCCGGCUGGGACGCGGGAGGAUGUGGACUGGGUGGACAUGAGCGAGGCUUAUCUCAGAUGUUGGAUCUUCUCUUGGAAAAACGUGUGGGUACGACCUUGGCUGCCCCUAAGUGUAGCUCCAGCUCCGUGAAGUUUCAAGGGUUGGCAGACAGGACUGGGAUCAUGAAAAUGGACAUGGAGGACGCUGAUAUGACUCUAUGGACAGAGGCUGAAUUUGAAGAGAAGUGUACCUACAUAGUGAACGACCACCCCUGGGAUUCCGGUGCCGACGGGAGUACUUGUGUUCAAGCAGAGGCAUCCCUACCAAGGAACCUGCUUUUCAAGUAUGCCACCAACAACAGCAAAGAGGUUAUUGGAGUGGUUAGUAAGGAGUACAUACCGAAGGGAACAAGGUUUGGACCCCUGAUAGGUGAAAUCUAUACCAAUGACACGGUUCCCAAGAACGCCAACAGGAAAUACUUUUGGCGGAUCUAUUCCAGAGAGGAGUUCCACCACUUCAUUGAUGGCUUUAAUGAGGAGAAAAGCAACUGGAUGCGCUAUGUGAAUCCAGCUCAUUCUGCCUUGGAGCAAAACCUGGCUGCCUGUCAGAACGGGAUGAACAUCUACUUCUACACCAUUAAGCCCAUCCCUGCCAACCAGGAACUUCUUGUGUGGUAUUGUCGGGACUUUGCAGAGAGGCUUCACUAUCCUUAUCCUGGAGAGCUCACAGUGAUGAAUCUUACACAAACGGAAAGCCACCCAAAACAAUACAGUAGUGGGAAAAAUGAACUUUACCCAAAGACUGCCCCCAAGAGAGAGUACAGCGUGAAAGAAAUCCUAAAACUGGACUCGAAUCCCUCCAAAAGGAAGGACUUCUACUGUUCCGACAUUUCACCCCUCACUUCAGAAAAGGACAUGGAUGGCUUCAGGAAAAAUGGGAGCCCUGACAUGCCCUUCUACCCCCGGGUUGUUUACCCCAUCCGGGCACCUCUGCCCGAAGACUUUUUGAAAGCAUCCCUGGCCUAUGGGCUAGAGAGACCCACUUACAUUACUCACAGUCCCCUUCCGUCUUCCACAACUCCAAGCCCCCCAGCAAGCAGCAGCCCUGAACAGAGCCUCAAGAGCUCCAGCCCCCAGAGCAGCCCAGGGAACACCGUGUCACCCCUGGCACGGGGCCUCCUGGAACCCCGGGACUCCUCCUCCUACUUGAAUGCCUCCUAUGGCUCAGAGGGCCUGGGCUCUUACCCUGGCUAUGCACCUGCCCCCCACCUCCCACCAGCCUUCAUCCCCUCUUACAAUGCUCACUACCCCAAGUUCCUAUUGCCACCCUAUGGCAUAAGUUCCAAUGGCUUGAGCACCAUGAACAACAUCAAUGGCAUCAACAAUUUCAGCCUCUUCCCCAGGUUGUAUCCUGUCUACAGUAACCUCCUUGGUGGGGGCAACCUGACUCAUCCCAUGCUCAAUCCAGCUUCUCUACCGAGUUCCCUGCCCUCAGAUGGAGCCCGGAGGCUGCUUCCACCCGAGCACCCCAGAGAGGUGCUUGUCCCAGCGUCCCACAGUGCCUUUUCCCUUACUGGGACUGCCGCUAGCAUGAAGGACGAGAGUAGUCCCCCCAGUGGAUCUCCAACCGCGGGAACCGCAGCCACGUCCGAACACGUGGUACAACCCAAAGCUACCUCAGCAGUGAUGGCAGCCCCCAGCACUGACGGAGCCGUGAAUCUCAUCAAAAACAAAAGAAACAUGACCGGUUACAAGACUCUUCCCUACCCGCUGAAGAAGCAGAACGGCAAGAUCAAAUACGAGUGUAACGUCUGCGCCAAGACGUUUGGUCAGCUCUCCAACCUGAAGGUCCACUUGAGAGUUCACAGUGGAGAACGGCCUUUCAAAUGCCAGACCUGCAACAAGGGUUUUACUCAGCUCGCCCACCUGCAGAAACACUACCUGGUACACACAGGAGAAAAGCCACAUGAAUGCCAGGUCUGCCACAAGCGAUUCAGCAGCACAAGCAAUCUCAAGACCCACCUUCGACUGCAUUCUGGAGAAAAACCUUACCAGUGUAAGGUGUGCCCUGCCAAGUUUACUCAGUUUGUGCAUCUGAAGCUGCACAAGCGACUGCACACCCGGGAGCGACCCCACAAGUGUGCCCAGUGCCACAAGAGCUACAUCCAUCUCUGCAGCCUCAAGGUCCACCUGAAGGGCAACUGUCCAGUGGCCCCAGCCGCCGGGCUGCCUUUGGAGGAUCUGACCCGAAUCAAUGAAGAAAUUGAAAAGUUCGACAUCAGUGACAAUGCUGACCGUCUUGAGGACAUGGAGGACAGCAUCGAUGUGACCUCUAUGGUGGAGAAGGAGAUUCUAGCUGUGGUCAGAAAAGAGAAAGAAGAAAAUGGUCUGAAAGUGUCUUUGCAAAGAAACAUGGGGAAAGGACUCCUCUCCUCAGGGUGCAGCCUCUAUGAGUCAUCAGACCUGUCCCUCAUGAAGUUGCCUCACAGCAACCCACUACCUCUGGUACCUGUAAAGGUCAAACAAGAAACAGUCGAACCAAUGGAUCCUUAAGAUUUUCAGAAAAUAAGUGUUUUGUUUUGCUUUGCUUCUUAGGUUAUGACUUGCUGAGUCAGGGUGCCUGUGUCGAAUUGCUUGUAAACAAUUCCAGAUCUGCAGAACUCCUGGCAGCAGGUGGUUUCCCGCACCACUCUGGAAUUUAAGAAGGACUCCAAAGUUACCAAAAUCUCAGGGCAUAAAUGAGGCAAAGACUCAACUAUAUAUACAUAUACAUAUUAUAUAUAUAUACAUAUAUAUAUAUACUUAUUUACAGCCAUGUCUAUAUAUUUGAACUUGUGUAUUUUGAAUAUUUGUGUGGAUAUGUUUGCAUAGCCUUCCUAUUACUAAAACUAUUGCCUAGCCAUAAUUAUUUUUUCAAUGAUAAUCCUUCAUAAUUUAUUAUACAGUUUAUCUUUCAAAAAGCAAUAAUUAAAAAAGUUUACAAUGACUGGAAAGAUUCUUUGUAAUUUGAAUAUAAAUGUAUUAUUGUCUUGUGGCUAUUCUUUGUAGAUAAUUUCUGCACAUCUGUUGAAAUACCUGAGACUUAAUAGUCAGCUAUGUGAUUUCAGUCAACCUUUCUCUAUAACAAUGCUUUAAAAUGAGGUUUUGACAUUGCCAAAGUCAUAUGGUUGGUGUAUUAACUCAGAAUGUUAUCAUUUGAACAACAUUGUAUAAGUUGGGGGUAUGUGUGCAGAAUUACUCAGCAAUAAUUUGAGUGGAAGGAAUUAGAAAUGUAUAUUUUCUGGUUUUCUAUGAUAGUUUAUUUUUCCCCUCCUAGCCAUAAUUUUACCAAAAUAGUGACAGGCUUUGCCAGCCUGUCCCUCCAAAAAUAUAGGGUCUUCUAUCUCCAAUGUCAUAGGAUUAUUCUGAGUGGCCAUAUGAUUUUGGCAACCCAGUGUGUUAUCUGAAAAUGUGAAGAAGAUAAGAUGCCAUGUCAAGCCACCAAGAAUCUGUCUUGAAGUACAGGU